AAAAUGUUUCUGAGGUUCAAUUGAAUAAUGAAGACCAUUUGCAACCAGUUAAAGUAGAUUUUUCAUUUAAUAUAACUGGAAUUUUUAAUGCUAUUAGUAUUGAAUAUAAUAUGAUUGAGGCA